AUGAUUACCUUGCGUUACCUUGCAAGUGGCAGCUUUUUGCAGGUUGUCGGGGACACUCUAGGGUUUGACAAAAGCACAGUAUCCCGCACCAUUAAGAGAGUCACCGAAGCACUGGUUGCGAAAGCUGACACAUUUAUUCAAUGGCCUGACGCAACAACAAAAUCUUGCAUCAAAACAGGGUUUUACCGGCUAGCAGGUUUCCCCAAUGUAGUCGGAUGCAUCGAUGGGACGCAUGUACGGAUCCAGGCCCCAUCACAUGACGAAAAUUCCUUCGUAAAUAGGAAAGGAUACCACAGCAUCAAUGUCCAAGCUGUAUGUGACCACGAAGGAAAAGUUACAAAUAUCAAUGCAUCAUGGCCCGGGUCUGUACAUGAUUCCCACAUCUUCAGAACAUCACAGAUUAGAACAUAUUUGGAGGAGGAAGAAAAUGGCCUAUUUGAAAAUGGAGUUUUGCUAGGAGAUAGUGGAUAUGCUUGCCGACCAUUUCUUUUAACUCCUUAUGCCAAUCCCCAGACUGAACCUGAGGAGAAGUACAAUCAAGCCCAUGCAAGAACAAGAAGUGAAAUUGAGCGCACCUUUGGGCGGCUCAAACGGAGGUUUCAUGUUCUCCACUCAGAGAUACGAAUGAAGCCUGACAGGGCAUGCAGAAUCAUCAUAGCAUGUGCUGUCCUCCACAACAUCGCCAUUAACCUUGGAGAGCCUGAGGAUGAGGAUGAAGUUGAGGAAGACCAGCCCCAGGUACCUGCAUUUCAAGGACAGCAAGAUGGAAGAGGGGUGCGGGAAUAUGUAACACAGCAUUACUUUAGCUCAUAA